UCACCUUCAAAGCGGUCCGGGUAGGCCAUUUUUUUUCCUCGUUUUUAUUCUCGAAGACAAGAUGGACGGAGCUCCGGAAAGGGGCGGAGGCCUCCGCUGCACGCUGGAAUUUGCUGUUGAGAUGACUUGUCAAAAGUGUGUAGAGGCGGUUCAGAAAACACUGCAAAAGACACCGGGCCUCCGCAUAGUUGACAUCAAGCUGGAUUCGCAGACUGUGCUGGUGGAGACAAGUCUUGGAACUGAGGAAGUCCAGAACCUUUUAGAAACGACGGGGCGUAAGGCUGUGCUGAAAGGAAUGGGAAGUAAUGUUCCAGGAUUGCUCGGCACUGCUGCCGUGGCCAUGGUGUCGGGCCGUGGACUGAUCCAAGGGGUCGUGAGGUUCCUGCAAGUCUCGCCCGAAAAGUGCCUUGUGGAUGGCACGAUCGACGGCCUUCCACCAGGGCUGCACGGGCUUCAUGUCCAUGAAUUUGGAGACCUCAGCCGGACUUUUGACAGUUGUGGAGACCACUUCAACCCCAAAGGGGAAUGCCAUGGAGGCCCCCAGGAUCUGCACAGGCAUGCAGGUGAUCUUGGGAACAUCUUGGCCACUGCUGAUGGAAGAGCAUCCUUUCGGAUGGAAGAUCACCAGCUGAAGGUGGACGAUAUAAUUGGCCGUUCCUUGGUAGUAGACGAAGGGGAGGAUGACUUGGGCCGCGGGAAUCACCCACUGUCAAAAAUCUCUGGAAAUUCUGGGGAGAGAGUGGCCUGCGGAAUCAUUGCUCGCUCAUCCGGCCUCUUCCAGAAUCCCAAGAAAAUAUGUACCUGCAGCGGAGUGACCCUUUGGGAAGAGCGGGAAAGAUCUGCCACCAGGCUAGGCCAGGCCGUUCCCGAACACCCUACUCCUCACCUGUAGGACAUGGGUUGCUGCCAUUGCUCCCCUCGCUCUGGAGUUUGCAAAGGGGGUUCAGCUAUUCUCUUUAGGUGCCUCCCGCAAUGACCCCAAUAAGGCAGGUUCGGGUGUGGGUGUGUGUUUGUGUGUCUGGAGAGAGACACAAACAUACAAAUCGGCUUUUGCUGGCAGGAGGAAAAGAUCAUCAUUGCACUUUGGAUAGAUUCCCCCCCCCCCCAAAAAAAAAAAACACCUCCAAACAUUCCAAUAAUGCACAUCACUUUUAGAUUUUGUUUUGGUUUUCCACACACACGCACAAUUUUUUUAGGCUUAAGUUUGGGGAUUUGGGAGUUUUUGCUGCCUUCCUUUUGCAUCUUUUUUUUUUUUUUUUUGCAUCUAUGCCUUCAUUUUAGGAUUGUGGGAACAGUGCCUUUCUCCCCCCUCCCCCCUUUCUCUGCGGGGCACAGAAGGAAGAAAAUCAACAGAUCUGGUCUGCAGCCAUAGAUGAGGCUUAACGCUGGUGAGAUUGCAGUUGAUGGUUUAAAAGGGGGAGCCCCUUCCUUCCCCCCCCUGCCAAAAAGGGGAACUUUCUCUGUUAGGUUGGGGCAAUGGGGGACAGCAUUCUUUGCCCUGCCCUGUUUAUCUCAAGAAGAAUAUAUUGAGAGGCAUAGGGGUUGCUACAACACCAAAAAUUGUUCGUACAGGCAGGCAGGCCUCAGCUUACAACAGUUCAUUGAAUGACUGAAUGGCACUCAAAACAGUGGCUUAUGACCAUGGCAGCAUUUCAACAGUCAGGUGAUUAAAAUUCGGAUUUGCUCGUCAACUGGCUCCUAUUU